AUAGGUUAGUGAUUUGACAUUGGAUAAUUUACCUGACGUUUUAAUUGUCAAGUGUCAGAGCCCCUGUCAGUCACAGUCCUUUAGACUCGUCCUAACUUUCCCGUUGACCGCCUGCCUCAUUGGAAGACGUCGUCGCUCAGUGUCGAGAGAGAAAUAACUCAGAAGAAGUAGAAGUCAAAGAACCCCAUCAUGGACCCAAAGCAGCAAGCGAGCGCUCCUCCGAUGGGAUGGUCUGAUGAGAAGUCCUCCGUUGCGCCCCCUCCGCCCUACCAAGACAACCCGGGGUAUGGUGAGCCAGGCCCGGGGUACCCACCUCAGCCGCAGGGCUAUGGCUACCAGCCACAGUAUGGAGGUCAAUAUGGGCAGCAGCCUUACGUCGCAGGGCAGCAGUACCCAGCGCAGCCGGUCACUGUCGCUGUCCAGCCCACAAUGUACGUGACUCAAGCCCCUCUGGUUAACCCGGUGAACGACUACUUGUGCUACUCCAUCUUCACCAUGAUCUGUUGCUGCAUGCCACUUGGAAUUGCUGCCCUCAUCUACUCCGUCUCCGCACGUGAAGCCAACCUCAUGGGCAACAGGGCAGUGGCCGAACGGAGCAGCAGGACGGCCAGGACUCUGAAUCAUGUGGCUCUGGGAAUCGGCAUCGGCACUUUUAUCCUCUUCAUUGUCUACGCCGUGGUCAUGACAUCCGUCCUCAGCCACUAAAUCUGUUCCUGCCCCAUGCUGUCAACCCCUAUGUAAUCAUUCUAGAUCAGGCAAUAUAACCACAUCAGGAAUAUAUCUGUGCAUUUCAUUGAAUUUGUAUUUUCACAUUGGUUACCACGAAAGAACAUAUGAAAUUAUGAUCGUCAGCAGAUGUCCCUUUAUUGAGAAGAAAGUACAGAAUCGCCGUACAUUGUAGGUAACUCUGUAACUGUAGAGAUGAAUUUCUACAGUUAACCCUUCACUUUUUUAUCAACAUCAUUUCUGCUUGAGAUUCUCUUUAUGUUAUCGCACAUCAGUAAUAAACACCUUCCUGUUCCAUUUUA